GGAGAGGCGGCCUCGGCGUGCGUUUAUUAAUAGUACAGAGAUGCAAAGGAAAUGCAGAACAGGGAUGGGUGACAGCAAGUUGAAAAUGAAAAUUGAAUGAAAUGAGAAAGUCGUGUACAGCCGUCGUGUUUACAAUUACAGGAGGAACAGGAAGCAGAACGGAGAAUAGCAGGGACAACAGGAGAGGAACAGGGAGCACAGACACUUGACUUGCAUAUGCCAGAUAGAUGAAUACGAAUAGAGACGGAAGAAUGAAGAUGAAUGAAUGAAUGAUCAUCAACAUCACGAUCCGACGAAUAAAAAAUGGUGUGUGAAGUGAUUAAACCGCGGUUGGGUGAACGGGAGAUCCGGUGAAUGCAAAGAAGAAAUUUUUUGAACUGACUGAUUGAUUGCUGGACUUGCCACACUGUGAAGGCGGCUCAUCGGCGUCACAAAAGUGAUAGAUGGAUGGGACGAACGCAAGGAUAGAUUGGAUAGGAUGGAUAGAUUGAGGAAUCCAGAAGACUGAUGGUUGUUGGAUGGUUUGGGUUGCUGGACAGAUUACCCACGAAUACGAAAUUUUCUGGCAAGAAGCUAGUAGCCGGGGGGACGAUGUCAUCGGUGAAGACAUUGUUCAGCGAGGCCCAUGCCGUUGUUGCCGCUCGUCCAACGACUCAUCCUCGUCGCUGUCGGCAGGACAACACCAGCACGCGACCGAUCCGCACUUCCACGCCCACCACUGUUGAGCGUGUUCGGUCGGUUAGUCAGGGGAGAUCGUAGUGCAGUUGCGGACGGACAGUCGUCGUCGAGAAAUAGGAUUACCGCAAUCGUCGUUGUUCGGAGUCGGCGUCGGUCAUCGUCGGUCCAGAAUCCAGAUCCAAUUUUAGUCCCAGGACCAGGGGCGCCCGUGACGCAAAUUGAGAUGGCAACACAAGGCGCUAUUGCUCUAUAUCGAAAGGAAGGCGGGGCAGAAUAA